GCCAGGAUGAACCGGAAACUGACCAGGGAGACGGCCCAGCAGCACUGUCUCACCUGCCUGUUGAAGCUGGACAGCGAACAGGAACAGGAUGCGGAUGAGGCGGCCAUCAGCCGCCAUGAGCUGCAGCAUCUUCUGCGCCAACACCUGGACUGGCCGCUGGAGGGAGAGCACCUGCUAGAGAAGUGGCUGCCGCAGCAGCUGUGCCAGCACUGUCGUCAGGAGCUGCAGCGUUUCGAGCAGUUCCGCCGGCGGGCGAUUGAGUGCCGGCUCCAGCUGCUGAAUCUGCUGAAGGAGGAGCAGUACACGGAACCCUCAUUUGAGAUUGUGUACGAGGAGUCACUGGAGGCCACUGGAGGGCAGGACGAAGAGUUGCUGCACAGUUUGGAGCCACCAGAUCCGGACCUAGACCCCGAUCCAGAUCCCGAUCCCAUCGACGAGCCUGCUGCAGAAACACCGCCAGAAAAGGGCCAGGCCAAGGUGGAGAAGCGAACCACACGGGGCGUGAGAAACAGCCUGAAGUGCAGCCAGUGCCAGCACAGCUUCGCCCACAAGCUCACCCUGUCCGCCCACAUCCGAAAGGUGCACGAGGGCAGCAAGCGACCGUUCCAGUGCGACCAGUGCGAGAAGUGUUACAGCUUCAUGGGCGGCCUCUACACGCACAUCAAGGAGAUCCAUGCGACCCGUGAGCGCCGCUAUCCCUGCGACCAACCCGGCUGCGAUCGCGUCUAUACCAGCUCCAUUGCCAUGCAGAAGCACAAGCGGCUGAAACACAGCCCCAAGGAGCCGGCGCGCAAGUUUAUCUGCGAGCAGUGCGGCGCCACCUUCAACCAGUCAGCCAAUCUGAAUUACCACCGGCGCACCAAGCACCCCACCGAGGAUGAGGUGGCCGCCAGGGACAGCGGCAGCGAUCAGCACUUCUGCGAGCUUUGCCAGAAACACUUCCAUUCCCGCUAUACGCUGCGCUACCACACCAUGCAGCAGCACGGGGACCAGGAGCGCCUCCUGCCGCACGAGUGCCAGGUGUGCGGCCGCCGCAUGGCCAAGAAAUUCAUGCUGCUGCAGCACAUGCUGAUGCACUCCACCGACAAGAUUCCCUGCGAGCACUGCGGCAAGCUGUUCGCCCGAAAGUUCGAGCUGGAGGCCCACAUCCGGGCGGUGCAUCUCAAGCUGAAGCCCUUCGCCUGCAAGUACUGCUCUGAGUGUUUCGCCUCGCGCAAAACCCUGCGCCACCACGAGUACAUCCACACGGGCGAGAAGCCGUAUGUUUGCGAUGUGUGUGGCCAGAGAUUCCGGCAGCAGACGUGCCUCAAGAACCACCGCAAGGUCCACGAUAAAUAGGACGCACUGGACACAAACUGGAACUGUCUGUCUAACAAGUGAAAUUUAAUUAGCAUUAGUCAAUACAUUAGUUCUUACAGAAUCU